AUGAUGCUGCCCGAUGAUCUUCUCGAGGAGAUCUUCCUCCGCCUCCCGCCGGGCGAGCCCGCGUGCCUGGUGCGCGCCUACCUUGCCAGCAAGUUCUGGCUCGGCCUCCUAUCCAGCGCUCGAUUCCACAGCCGCUACCGUGAGUUUCAUGGUGCUCCCCCCAUGCUGGGCUUCGUUUAUGCCUUGUCCUCGUACACCCAGACGAAGGUGGACAAACCCAUCCCACGCUUUGUCUCCACCACGGAAUUCGCCGCCCGCGUUCCCGAUGACGACUUGGCCAUGGCCGCGUUGACCACGGACUAUAUUGCAUUGGACUGCCACCAUGGCCGCGUUCUACUCGGCGAUCGUAAACACAAUCCGCUUGUCGUUUGGGACCCCAUGGCAGGCUGCCUGACGAAGAUGCAAGCACUCAAAGGACAAAGCAGAACCAGUGCGGCCGCGGUGCUCUGUGCCGUGACCGGCUGUGACCAUUGCGCCUGUCACCACGGCCCAUUCCAGGUUUUCUUCUUCGGCAUGAGCGUUCAUGGUGCUCAUUGUGUUAUACACCUCUCUGUGUUCUCGUCCGAGACACUUGGCUGGAGCGAGCCCCAGCCAUGCCUUGGUCUUGAUCUUGACGAUGCUGCAUUCAUCAAGCCAGCGCCCUCUGUCGCCAUCCAAGGCGCACUUUACUUCAUGCAAGGGAGUUUUGAAGAUGAUCACAUAACAGGAUUUCUGAAGUACGACUUGGGCUCUAAUUGCUUAUCGCUGAUUGAUGCGCCGCCGAUGAGGGGAUCUCUCAUUAUUGGUGCCAAUACUCUCAUGGCUAUGGAGGACGACAGUUUGGGUUUUGCACAAGUGAAAAGGUUAACCAUCUACCUGUGGUCAAGGCAUAUGGGUUCCGAUGGAGUUGCAUCAUGGACUCAGCCUAGAAUCAUUGAUCUCAAGAACCUUCUACCCAUUCAGAAUCCUAGUGGAAGAAUUAAACUGAUUGGAUCUCUGGAGGGUAGUGAUAUCAUUUUCGUGACCACAGACCUUGGCAUCUAUGAGCUUAAUCUAAAGUCGCUACACUGGAAGAAGCUAUGGGGAAAGAAAGAUGUUUGGUGUUUGUUUCCGUGCAUGAGUUUCCCCGGUCCACAAGAAAGGAUGAUUUCUUGUGAUGCGGCUCAUUGA